UCAAGGACAUUUUGUAUCUAUUGUUCUAAUUCCCCAUCUAUGGAUGAGAACUAGGAAGAGGUUAUAAAGGACAAUCGAAUAGUUUUUCGUUUCAAAUUUAUUUUUCAGUAUUUCGAAAACGAAAUGGCCGAUAAAGCAGCCAGGGAAAAAUUACUAACAUCCAAUUAUUAUGAUAUAUUUCGAUAUAGUCAGGAUGGUGAAUGGGAUCGUGCAUUUAAAGCAUCUAAUAGGGUUAUUCACAUGGCACCUUUAGAAUAUAAAGCAUUACACUGUAAAAUUGUAUGCCUAAUACAACAGUCUAAAUUUGAUGAAGCUCUUGCUGUAAUUAAUAAAAAUCAGAGCAAUUUAGGUGAACUUACAUUUGAAAAAGCCUAUUGUCAAUACCGAUUAAACCAGCCAGAACUAGCUUUUAAAAUUUUGGAAAAUGAUGAUAAAAGUAAUAAAACUCAAGAGUUAAAGGUCCAAGUGCUUUAUAGAUUGGAAAGAUAUCAAGAUGCCUUCAAUUUAUAUAAAAAAUUAAUUAAUGCAGUAAAUGAUGAAUAUGAAGAUGAACGUAAAACUAAUCUGACUGCAGCUCUUUCAUUAUUCGAAAAUAAAAAUCAAAUUAUAGAAGAAUUGCAAAAUAUUCCAGAAGACACAUAUGAACAGUGUUACAAUAAAAGUUGUUGUCUAAUUGCUCUAGAACAAUUUUCUGAAGUUGAAAAGAAGCUAAAGCAAUGUGAAAAAAUGUGCCGUGACUCCCUAGACGAAGAAGGUUGUUCAGAAGAAGAAAUUAAUGUUGAACUUUCGCUGAUAAGGAUUCAGUUAGCAUAUGUGUAUCAGAAACUAGGGCGCAUUAAGGAAGCCCAACAAAUUUAUACAUCAUGUUUGAAGUUAAAGUUAGAUGAUCCUGCAUUGAUAGCAGUGGCUGGAAAUAAUUCAGUUGUCAUUAAUAAAGAUCAAAAUAUUUUCGAUUCUAAAAAGAAGAUGAAAAGUGCCACAAGUGAAUCUUUAAUUCAUAAAUUACCUUCAAGACAAAGAAAAUUCAUUGCACUCAAUAAUGCCAUUUUCUUAUACUAUACAAAUCAGUUUGAUCAAUGUACAAAAGCAUGCAAAUUUGUAGAACAAAACUGGCCUGAAUUAAGCUGCCAGGCACACAUUGUUAGUGCACUCUGCACUGCUAAAAAGGAAAACGUAUUUAAUGCAGUAAAUUCUCUUAAAAAUGUGAAAACAAGGAACAGUAGUGAAGAUCUUCUUAUUAAAUUGACAUGUACACAACUUUUAUUAGCUCAAGGUGAAAAGCAAGAAGCCUGCAAAAUUCUAGAAAGCUUGGGCGACAAUAGUUACAAACCAGGUAUUGUAGGAGCGUUAAUUACGCUGCAUUUGGGAAUGGGAAACGAAGAAACUGCUUCGAAAUUUUUUGAAAUGACCGUUGAUUGGUAUAAGAAAAACAAAGUAAAGGGUGAUCUUAGUAGCAUGUGGAGGCAGGCUGCUGAAUUUCAUAUUCAAAAUGGCCAUCCACAAGUAGCUGCAAGUAGUUUAGAAGAAUUACUAAAGUUUAAUCCUCAGGAUAAAAAGACAAUAGCACAAUUGGUACUUGUUUAUGCUUUGUUUGAUAAAAAUAAAGUGAAAUCACUCAGUGAAAAACUGCCUUCUAUAGGUCAAUUUGCAAAGGAUAUUGACUUGGAAUCAUUGGAAAGUUCCAGCUGGCUUACAAUAAAGAAAGUUUCUACAAAAAUUGAAAUGUCUCCGAACACACCCAAAGGUGAUGCUACGCAGAAAAAGAAGACGAAAAAGCGUAAAGGUAAACUUCCGAAAUAUUAUGAUCCGAAUAUUCCACCUGAUCCCGAACGCUGGUUGCCGAAAUAUGAAAGAUCUGGCUAUCGAAAGAAAAGAGACAGAAGAUUAAAAGAAGUAAUCAAAGGGUCACAAGGAACUGCUUCAGGACAGUCAGACCAAUACGACUUUUCUAAGACAGAAGCAGGCUCUCAUGAGAGUCCCGUUUCUAGCGUGGAACCAUCCCCGGCUGCAAGAGCUAAUAUGCGAAAAACACACCAAAAGAAAAAGAAUAAAAGACGAUAAAUUAAAUUUACCUUUAAUUGAAAAUACUGAAAUGUAUUCACAAACGUUGUUUUCGUUUGUAUUGAAAUUUAAUUGUUGCUUUGUAAUAAAUUUGUAAUAAUAUU